CCGAGUUCCCCUCUACAAUUAUCGUGCGGCUAUCAUGGUCAUUCCUCGUGUACGCACUUGAUUUUGCCGUGCAGAGACCGCGGAUUUGGCGGGCAUUACACCGUCGUCUCGUGGUAUACGCAGCGUGCUUAACCUACGACGCAAUUUUACUUGUGUUCUAGUAUUAUUGUGAUUGUGAUUGGACUUGUUUUAUAGUAUUGUUAUGAUAGUGAUUGGAUAUUUAUAUUAUUAUGGAUCCAUCUAUUAACUCAUUACUAACAAGUUGGAUGCUGGAUGACUUGUCAUAUUAUAUGCUUCUUCAUGAAAUUACUUACGAGGAAUUUAUUAAUUUAAGUAAAAGCAAAAUAGACUUAAUAGUACCUGAUAGCCACAGUACAUCUAGGAAUAAACUUAAUAAUGUAUUAGAACUGUAUCGAAAAACUUUGAAUUCUCAAAAACCGGUUCUCGCAGAUGUAUCAAAUCUCAAUCAAAAUGCUUCUAGUAACGAUUGCUAUUACGAAACUUCUAAAGUCCCUACUGAAAGAGAUAAAUUUAAAGAUUAUCAAGAUUUUUAUACACAAAUACAAAAAAAUAAAAGAAUGUACAAAUUAUUACAUCAUGCUGAUUGCUUAUGGGGCAGUAUUAUUCUAUAUAUGUAUGCUUAUCAGGGCAACAUUUCAUCAUUGAGGGACGAGCUGAGUAAAAUAUUAGUGGAUGCAGAGCUUGAUAAAACAAAAGAGAGUACACUACCAUUUCACAUUCCCUCUAAGGUGUUCCAAAGUCUCAGUCAAGAAAUAGUAGAUUUUUUCCCAUGUGAAGAAAAAAAAGUAUAUUAUGAUUGUAGCUAUACUUUAUCAAAAGAAAACAGAUUAAGUAAUAAUACUAAUACUAAAAAUAAAAAAGGAAGAGUAAAUGCUACAGGAAAACUACAAAAUGCUUAUUCAGCAAGGCGAGGUCACAUCGAAAAAAAAACAAAUUUAUUGAUAAAUCUACACCCUCAAGUGACACAA